AUGUUAACCACAAGGACAUCAACCAUGCAGCCUGGUGACAUGGAUAUGACUUUUCUUUCACCUCCACAGGAGGACACAUUAGGAGCAGCAGAACAGCAGACUAUGAAAGUCUACCUUCGAGUCAGACCUUUUUCUAAAGAUGAGCUCUCUGACAAGGAGGAUCAGGAUUGCGUGAUAAUAGAAAACGACCAAAUGGUGACGCUGCAAGCCCCGAAAGGUUCUGCCACCAUGAAGUCCUUUGAGAAGGGCAUCGCCAUGUCUGUCCACAAAAUGUCAUUUUCCAAGAUUUUUGGACCAGAGACAACUCAGGCCGAGCUGUAUGACAACACGGUCAAAAGUCAAAUGUCUGAUUUCUUGGAUGGGGAGAAUUCCCUGAUCUUCAGCUAUGGCGUCACCAAUGCUGGGAAAACCUUCACAAUCCUAGGAACUUCAAAAGAGCCGGGAAUAUUGCCACGAGUAUUGGACGGCAUUUUUCAGUACAUCGCAGGACGCCAAUAUGUUUGCAUGGACGUGAAGCCCCACCUCAGAAAUGAUACGCGAUGUCUGGAUGCUGAGCAAGUCAAACAGGAGAAAAUUGCUAAAGCUGCUAGCCUUGCAUCAUUCAAAGAGGAAUGUGAUAACCGAAGACCCAGCAGUGGAUCAGAUUCCGUCUUCUAUCCUGCGCCUUCCUCUUCCUCAUUGUCGGACUAUCAAUCAGAUGAAGAGCGCUUCCAGUUUGCCGUAUGGGUGGCAUUCUUUGAAAUCUACAACGAGCGCGUCUACGAUCUCCUUCAGCAGUCCAAGAAACGUUCUGCGCUUCGUGUUUGCGAUGACGGCGCUGGCAACGCUUAUGUUAAAGAUCUUCGAUGGAUCAACAUCCAGAGUUUGUCGGAAGCCAGCAAAAUACUCCUAAUUGGCAACAAAAACCGGAGUGCUGCAACCACCAAGAUGAACCAGUCCUCCAGCAGAAGCCACAGCAUAUUCACCAUGAAGCUGCUCAAGAUGGAUGGAGACAAAGUUAAAAGGAUGUCCGAGUUUUCUCUGUGUGACUUGGCCGGCUCGGAAAGAUGCAACAAAACCAAAACGUUUGGCGAGAGGCUAAAAGAAGCGGGAAACAUUAACAACUCGCUCCUCAUCCUGGGCAAGUGCAUCAAUGCCCUGCGCAACAAUCAAAGCGAAAGAAUGAAGAGCAGCUGCAUCCCUUUUCGAGAGAGCAAGCUCACCAAGCUCUUCCAGGCGGUUUUCUGCGGCAAAGGAAGAGCUUCGAUGAUCGUCAACAUCAGCCAGUGCGCUUCCACCUAUGACGAGACGCUCCACGUCAUGAAGUUCUCCGCUGUAGCCAAACAAGUACAGGUGAUUCCAGACAAGUCUCUGGAGUCUCUGUCAGAGUCUCUGUUGGCUCCGAACGGCAAAUCUCUGGUGAGGAAUGGCGUGAUUGACAGGCAGGCACUGGAAAGCUUCCUGUCCGAAGACGAGUUGCUGAAUGAAGACGGCGACGCAGACAUGACCUUGCUGACACAGAACGAGCUGCUGGACACUAUCGAAAGCCUUCGAACAAAACUGCGGGCGGAGCGAAGACGAAACCUGGAGCAGGAGAUGGAGAUCCGUAAGGAAAUGGGCGACGCCAUGUUACAGCAGAUCAUGGAGAGCGAGGAGCUCCGCAGCCAACAGUUGGAAGAGCUGAAGGAGAGCUACCAAGAAAAGAUGGAGAACACCUUCGAGAUGUACAAGGAUGCUAUCAAAGAACAUGCUUACAAGAGUGCCAUGAAUGACCUUGAAGACAACUACGUGCCUCUUGAGGAGUUCACCGCUGAGCAGGAGAAAGUGGAGGCCCUGGAGCGACGGCUUUCACAGUUGGCAGCUGGUACCAAAGUCUGCACGGUGGCUACGGUGGACGUGUCAUGUCAGUGUCAACCCUCAAAAGACUUUGAAGCUGCAGGGGAGAACCGUCUCAAACAUCUCAACAAGGAGAAAAGUGCCAUCGAACGCAUGUGUGAGGAUAAGCAACAGUUGAUAUUGUCCUUGGAGAAACGACUGAUGGAACUUAGUGAAACCCUUCAGACGGUUCGAGACAGCUUCCUGGAGAAAUCGGCUGAACUAGAGGAUCUUCAAGUGAAGACCCAAGAACAGAUGAAAUCAAUGCAGGAGAUUUUAGCCCAGUCUUCGGAGAAGGACAAGGAAAUUGCCUCCCUAAAGGCAGAAGUUUCCCAGCUUACUCCAAAGUCACCUAUGCAGGCCAAACCCAAGAAAGGCUUGCUCAGCAACUUCAAGCAAGCGGUUAUAUCUCCUCGUAAGACCAGAAGCCACACAUUCAAGAAAACUCCCGCAACUCCACGUCGUUGACUAGCAUAGUAUGAUGUCUU